AUGGCGGCUUUUCCUACAAAUUUAAGAGAUGCACUAAUUAUUCAAGCUCAGAAAGAAAGUGAUGCUUACCUUUUAUACAUGCAAGGAUCAGCGUGGUUUGGCGUAAGACAUCUCACCGGGAUUGCCAAAAAAUUGCGCUCUGAAGCAAACGAUGAAAGAACUCAUUUUGAAAGUAUCAUUGACUAUUUGACACUAAGAGAUCAGCAUAUUCAUUUAGUAGGGAGCCAAAUGAUGGAGCUUAAUUGGUCAGACGAAGCAUCUGUAUUUGAAUUUUUUUUAAAUUUAGAGAGGGGGAACACAAAAAGUAUUAGUGAAGUCUACGCGUUAGCAAGACAAGUAGGAGAGUAUGACACAGAAAAAUUCUUGUCAGACAUGCUUUCGAAGCAGAUACAGUCCACAAAUGAAUGGGAAGGACUUUUUGAAAGGCUUAAAUCAUUUACACAGCUACCAGGCUUGAUAUGGCAUUUGGAUAGCCUAUUUUAG